AUGGCUGCUCCUAGUAAGAACCUUGCAAAAUUCAGAGAUGUUGGCAAGAAGAUCUUGGCGAUUGGACGAAAUUACAAAUCUCAUGCUGCAGAACUGAACAACCCCAUCCCAAAGAGUCCUUUGGUAUUUAUCAAGCCAACAACUUCUUAUAUCACCGAAGGCCAGCGAAUUAAGUUUCCACCUGGCUGCAAUGAGCUCCAUCAUGAAGUUGAGCUAGGAGUUGUCAUUGGAAAAGGUGGUAACAACAUUUCAGAGGCAAAUGCGAUGGAACAUGUAGGAGGGUAUGUACUUGCCCUUGACAUGACUGCUCGUGAUCUUCAGGAUUUCGCCAAGAAAAAUGGUCAUCCAUGGGCUCUUGCAAAGUCCUGGGAUACAUCUUGUCCUGUCAGCAAUUUCAUUGAAAAGAAUAAAAUUCCAGAUCCCAGCAGUCUUAACCUCUGGCUCAAGGUCAAUGGAGAAAUGAAACAAAAUGGAAACACAACAGACAUGAUUUUCCCGAUUCCAUACUUGAUCAGUUUUCUAAGUAACUAUUUUACACUGGAGGAGGGAGAUUUAUUGUUGACUGGUACGCCAUCUGGUGUCGGCCCAGUAAAAGAAGGGGAUGAAAUCCAGGCAGGGUUGGGAGACAUUUUGUCCAUCACGUUUAGUGUGUCUGAUGAUAAGUGAUAUUAUCCACUUUCGUUUUCUGCGAUCUCACUCAAGGAUGGUACAAUAUUGCUUAAUUACCAGGUACUUGUACAAUUGUUUCAUGAUUGAGGGAAAGAUUGACCUGAAAAUGAUUUAUGUGUGAUAUUCAAGAUAUAUUUAUGUGUAAUCAGAGAGAAAUCACUACAAAUAUGAGAAAAUGUGAGAAAAGAAAAACUAUAUUUUCAGUAUAUGCCUUUACUAUCAUUUUUUUAAUCAGAUUUUAAUUCACUUUUACAUACAGGUUGCAUCAUUAAGUAACGAGG